CGAUAUCGAUAUUGGCAGUGUGUUGUGUUAGCUAGCUGUUUUAGCUCAUGCAAGGCCACUUCUAAUCCAAGUUCGAUGUACCAAUUUUAGCGUAAAAUGGAUACGUCCACACGGUCGACGUCGUCUAUUAUGCUGGCCAAGCAGCUCGCAGAUUUAAAAAAGCAACCAAUGACUGGAUUUUCAGCUGGUCUUAUAGAUGAUGAUGAUAUCUACAAAUGGACGGUGAUGGUGAUUGGACCUCCCGAAACUUUCUAUGAGGGAGGAUACUUCAAAGCACAUUUAAUUUUUCCAAAGGACUACCCAAAUAAGCCACCUAAAAUGAAGUUUGUCUCCGAGAUUUGGCAUCCAAAUAUUGACAAGGAGGGCGAUGUAUGUAUCUCAAUACUCCAUGAACCAGGCGAAGACAAGUGGGGCUACGAGAGGCCUUCAGAACGCUGGUUACCUAUCCACACAGUGGAGACGAUACUCAUCAGUGUUAUUUCAAUGUUAGCAGACCCCAACGACGAAUCACCCGCAAAUGUAGAUGCUGCUGUGAGUAUUAUACCCAAACGUGUAAAAGAGCGAUUCCAUCCAAUGUGUCACACAACGUCAUAUGUUCUUUUUCCAUUUAUUUCUUUCAAGAAUGAUACAAAUUCUUGCUUGACCAUUUAAUAAUGUUAAUGAUCCGGCCAGAAGCAACCAUAAGUAAAUGGUCAUAUCAAGAAGAUUUUUUAAUUUUUCAUGAAAUUAAUGGAUAAAUGUAAUAUCAUACAGGAAACAUUGCAUGGAAUCCCCAUUAAAUGCUAUGAAUUUUGCCAUCAUUCCAUUCCCUAUUUCUCUUUUACCCUCCUUCAAAGC